AUGUCUCCUGAUUACAAGGUUGUCAUUGCAUACGAUUUUGGCACGACCUAUUCCGGUGCAGCCUAUGCAUUUACACAUACGUCGCCACCCGAAGUCUUUGAUGUGUUGAAAUGGCCACACAAAGGAAGCAACUAUUUUCCAAAGGUGCCUACCACCUUGGUGUAUCGACGUGAUAACGAGGAGAUGGUUGAUUGGGGACACGGUGCGAAACGGACCAUGAUCAAACCAUACGCUGGCAAGCAUCAUGUUCAAGUAUCGAAUUUCAAAUUGUUGUUGGAUGAGAAUUUGGGACGUACAUUGGAGGAGCCAUCUAGUAAAACAGCUGUACAAGUGGUGGCUGAUUACUUGAGAGCAUUGCAUCAACAUACGUUACAAGAAAUCACUCGAGGAUUUGCCAAAAACUACCACCCGGAUACAUUUCGUUAUUGCUUGACGGUGCCUGCAUUGUGGUCGGACAAGGCCAAGCAUACCAUGCGCCAAGCCGCUGUCUUGGCAGGUCUUGUAAAGCCCUCGGAUCCAUCCGAUCGAUUAGUCCUUAUCUCAGAACCCGAAGCAGCUGCUCUCUACUGUGAACAAACCAUGGAUGCCGCUUUACAGCCAGGCGAUCGUACCAUGGUAUGCGAUGCUGGUGGUGGCACUUGCGAUUUGAUUGUCUUUGAAAUGUCCGAAUCCCAACGCUUGUGUGAGGUGACCAAGGGCAUCGGUGAAAGCUGUGGCAGUGUCUUUUUGGAUGAACGCUAUCGUACAUGGCUGAUACAGACAUUGGGUCAAGAUAUCAUGGAUCAAUUGCCACCAAGAGAAAUGAAUGAUUUGAUGGAUCAGUUUAUUGAUGUGAUCAAGCCUGAGUUUGAUGGUUUUGAGGAUCAUUAUGUCACCCUACCAAGAUCAGUGCCACUGGAUCAGUUACCACCAGCAGCAACAAACGAAGAAGAAGAUGGGUGCUUGGAUGAAGGCACAAUCAAGUUACCAGCUCAUGUACUCAAGGAACAGAUUUUUGAUCCUGUGGUAGACAAUGUGCUAUCCUUGAUUCGACAACAAUACGAUCAAAUUCCAGAUGGACGACUCACUUACUUGAUGCUUGUGGGUGGAUUUGGAUCAUCCAAUUACUUGUAUCAACGUAUCCAGGAGACCUUUACCGAGUUUGACAAGGUGGUAUCCCCAGCAGAACGUGCAGCAUUGGCUGUGGUGCGUGGUGCGGCCUUGUACGGACUUAAUCCACAACGUAUCCAAGCACGUGUAUCAAGAAGAACCUAUGGCAUCAAUGCUGGAUUGCCUUUUGAUUCGCAAUUGGAUCCACCCAUGACACGCGUCGUGCGACCCGAUGGAAGCGUGCGAUGUACCAGUCGAUUCCUUGUCUUUGUCAAGAAGCACGAUGUAUUACCCCUCGACCACUGUAUCACCGAGCAAAUGUAUGUGUAUUAUGGCACUGUCAAGCACACCGAUAUUAUGCUGUACGCUACUGAGAGUGAUGUGGUGCCUCGCUAUUAUGAUGAGCCUGGUGUACACCAUGUUGCUGCCAUCUCCGUUCCUAUCCCUGAAAUGCCAGGCAUUAUGCAUGGUGAACGUAUUGCAUACACAGUAAGAAUGUACUUUGGUGCCACGGAACUUAGGAUGGAAGCAGAUUUUGGAACUGGCCAGUCUUACCGUGUCUAUUGCGACUUUGAUGCAUCUGAUAGGUUUGAGGAGGACCAGAGCUAG